AUGUCAUCAAUAAAAACAUUUGGUUCUCCAUUUGAUAGUGUUGAUUCUAUAGUUAAUUAUUUACGAGAACCUUCAUCAUCCGAAGUAGUUUUAUCAUCAACUACUUCAUCAACAAUAAAUUCUACUAAAAUAAAUACUCAAUUAAAAUCAACAAAAGGACGAAAAAAGGAAAAAGGGCAAGCGAAUAUCAUGCAUCCUACACAAAUAAGUUCAAAAGAACCAAUAGAAAUUUUGCCUUCGGGUCGUGUCAGAUACGGUCCAAUAACUGUUAAUCCUCGUAAACAACCAUCGAAAACAUUAUUUACAGGUCGCCGUUCGAAAUAUGAACCGUUAAAUAACGAUGAAGAAGAAAAACGUCGUUUAAGACGUGAACGUAAUCGUGUUGCAGCAACCAAAUGUCGUGAAAAACGUGAAAAUAUUUUAGCUAAUCUUGAAGAUGAAUAUCAUAAAGAAUUAAAUACUCAUACAAAUUAUUUAACAACAAUUCAACAAUUACAAGCAAAAAAACAACAUCUUGAAUCUAUAUUGUCAAAUCAUAUGGUAACUUGUCAGCUACCACGGAUCAAUUCCAUAAUGCCACCACCACCACCACCACCACCACCACCACCACAACAACAACAACAAUCAAUGGUUUUCGGUGAUACAACUUUUCUUUCAUCAAUUGUUGAAAGAUCACCACCACCACCACCACCACCAAUUCGUUCCAAUCAAUUACAAAAUAUUCAAAAUGAUGAAGAAGAUUUUAAUAAUUUUCUGCAACCUACAUCUUUAUUAACAAACUCAGCAUACAAUAAUAAUGAUCAACCAAAUUAUUUUUUAAAUCCCGAACAACAAUCUCAACAACAAGUAAUAUCAAUGACUUCAAGUAGUCUCGAUCGACUUAUAAAUGGUCUACAUUCUCCAUCACCAUGUAUUGAUAAUAAUAAUAAUUGUUCAGGUUUAUACAAUUCAGCUUUUGGAUCAUCAACUUGUGCUCAACAACAUUCAAGUUCAAGUGAAGAUGAUUCAUUACCACCCACUCAUAAAAAUCCUUUUGUUUAUUAA